AGAGGCGGGCUAUUUACUCAAAGCAGGUUUCUUCCUGAGUUUUUGAUCCGUUUAAAAGACUUUUAAUAGUGAAAAGAGACAACUGGCGAAGGACUCAACGCACGUCAAAGGAAAAUUCAAUAUUUUCCUGAUACCGAGAGAAGACUUGUCUAGUGAUAAAUUUUUGAAAUUCAGAUCUGGACCGAGAAGAGGGCGAAUGUCUUGCAGCUGAGAUGUACCUGUUACUGUGAAUAAAACAAUAACUGCUUCACAGGGAUAUCUUCAAAGCGAAUUGAUAAUGGCGGACACCGAAGAACCUCGACCAGAUCCCGUCGAGGGGGUAGACGAGAAGGAUUCCACGAAAAAAUCCAGUUUUCCCAAAAGAUAUGUAGUGGCCAUCAUGAUCUUUCUUGGUAUCUGUGUGCAAUACGCUCUCCGAGUGAACCUUAGUGUAGCAAUAGGAGCCAUGUGCAAUAACCACACUGUGGAGCAGAAUGGAUUUACCAUACAGAAGAAAGCUGAAUUUGAAUGGAGUUCAAAGCUUCAAGGCACAAUACUUGGAGCGUUUUACUAUGGCUACACUGCUAUGCAGAUCCCAGGCGGUUGGUUAGGUCAGCGGUUUGGAGGAACCCGCGUGUUCGGGAUUUGUCUCGGGAUCGCCUCAAUACUCACCAUGCUCACACCAAUUGCAGCGCGCACCAGUGUCGCAGCUCUAAUUACUCUCAGGGUGAUAGAAGGGUUGGCUUUGGGUGCUCUUUUCCCGUGUAACCACGCAAUUUGGAGCAAAUGGGCACCACCAUCUGAAAGAACUCGACUUUUUACCAUAACCGUUGCAGGUUGUCCAGUGGGUACUAUCCUAUCUAUGCCACUGAGUGGCGUUAUGUCUAAAUAUGGAUUUGAUGGGGGAUGGGCCUCCGUGUUCUACUGCUUUGGAGCAAUUGGUCUUCUUUGGUUCUUUAUAUGGCAACUAGCGAUCCAUGGCUCUCCAUCAGAGCAUCCUACUAUCACUCCUGAAGAAAGAGACUAUAUAGAGGAGAGUAUAGCGAAGCUACCCCAGGCUAAGAAAGGCCAGGUUCCUUGGAAAUCGAUUUUGACAUCACUUCCCGUGUGGGCCAUCAUCACAGCUAAUUUCACUGCAGACUGGGGCAUGUAUACUAUCCUGAUCUGUCUCCCUAAAUAUUUCAUUGAGGUUUUGCACUUCGACCUUGCUAAGACUGGGUUUCUGGCGGCGUUGCCAUAUGUUGUCAAAGCUUUUGUUGGACCUGCCGGAGGUAUUCUGGUGGAUUGGCUCAUUAAAAACAAGAUGUCCGUUAGAAACACGAGAAGAUGCGUUUUUACCUUUGGUUGUACCACAGCUUCGAUCUUCAUCUUGAUAACAGGAUAUGCUACGACUCCGGCUCUUGCCGUUGCUUUUCUUACCAUUGGUGUGGGUAUCACGGGUCUGAAUGCUUCAGGUUAUGCCGUCAACAUCCUUGAUAUUGCGCCUCAGUACGCAGGCGUCAUAAUGGGUGUGACUAAUGUUUUUGGUGCGUCACCGGGCUUCAUUAGCCCACAGAUUGUUGGAAUUGUCACUCCUAACAAGACCGCUGGCGAGUGGCGCAUUGUAUUUUGGAUCACAGCGAUCGUGUACAUCAUUGGUAUUGUGAUCUUUGGUCUGCUGGUCUCAGGUGAUCUGCAACCCUGGGCCCAACAUGAAGACAAGAAGGAGGAAGAAGAUGGAAAAAAGGAAGAAGAUGAAGAAAAAGCAGCUGAAAAACAAGAAAAAUCGGAUGAAGAUAAGAAAGAGGAUGAAAAACCACAGGAAAGUCAAGAAGAGGCGAAUAAGGAAGAACAAGCUGAAGACAAACCUGCAGAGUUUUUUCAACAUGUCUUGAGAACUAAAUUUCUCGAAAUACCUGUUUCACUUGAAGAGGUUUUGUUUACAAAAGGAUAUAAGGGGGAUAAAUCAUGUCGUAGAGCACCUUUAAUGGCUCAGUCUACGGGAGACUUGGAGUCGGGUUUAACCCGCUUUUUAAACACUUUAUAUGCUUGCUUUCGCUUUAUGUCAAGAUUUCUUGUUUUAUGCCAGUUCUGUGAAUGUCCGACACGAGGAAAGAAGUGUAAAAAAAAUGUGAGUGGAGAUGAAGAUAUUCCAUCGGAGAAGACAAAUCGUCAGGGGAAUAGAAUUUCCCUGGCUGUGUAUAGUUUUCCAAAGCGUUAUAUAUUGGCCAUAAUGACUUUUCUCGGAUUUAUGAACAUGUAUGCGUUGCGUGUUAAUUUGAAUGUCGCUAUUGGUGCAAUGGUCAACAACCACACUGUUCACCAGAGAGGAUACACUGUUACCACGGAAGCGGAGUUUGAUUGGGAUUCAAAGCUUCAAGGUAUUGUUCUGGGCUCAUUCUACUAUGGAUAUGCCUUUUUGCAACUUCCUGGUGGUUGCCUCGCUCUCAAGUUAGGCGGUACGAGAAUAUUCGGUUACACCAUCUUUUUAGCCUCCAUGUUAACACUCCUGACACCAGUGGCCACGCGCUACAGCGUGUACGGUCUGAUUGCUGUCAGAGCUGGAGAAGGACUUAUGCUGGGCGCUGUGUUUCCUUGUAAUCACGCUAUUUGGAGCAAAUGGGCUCCGCCACUGGAGAGAACAACUCUUGUUACCAUGGCAAUUUCUGGUUGUCACGUGGGAACCAUCAUAACCAUGCCUUUAUCAGGACUUUUAACAAAAUACGGCUUCGACGGAGGCUGGGCCUCGGUGUUUUAUUGUUUCGGUGCUGCUGGUAUUCUGUGGUUUGUUGCCUGGCAAUUGAUUGUUCACGAAUCACCAUCUGAUCAUCCCACAAUAUCAGAGGAUGAAAAAAAUUACAUUGAGAGCAGCUUUGAUAGAGUACAUGGCGAUGCGUCAAUACCAUGGAAGUCAAUUCUGACCUCAGUACCCGUGUGGGGAAUCAUGUUUGGUAACCUGGCCUCAGACUGGGGAUUAUACACAAUUCUCAUUUGUCUGCCAAUGUUCCUUCUUGACAUUUUACACUUUGAUAUACAAACGAUGGGAUUCUUGGCAGCCACUCCUUUUUUGGUCAAGUCUCUCUCAGGUCCUUUCGGUGGCAUCACAGCCGAUCUGUUACGAAGGAGAGGACUAAGUACUAAAUCAGUCAGAAGAGUAUACUUCGCUGUUGGAGCUAUGGGGGCCGGCACCUUUAUCCUGGCCGCAGGAUACGCUAGCACAGCCACUGUUGCGGUCACGUGCAUGUGCAUAGGGGUUGCAGCCUCUGGACUAAUGCAUUCUGGUUACAAUGUGAACAUGCUGGAUAUAGCUCCUCGGUACGCAUGCGUGAUUAUGGGCCUAACAAACACUGUGGGAACGAUCACAGGAUUCCUAAGUCCAAUGAUGGUUGGCUAUAUCACAGUUAAUAAGGAAGCUGAAGAGUGGCGCACAGUAUUUUGGGUAACCUUUGUUAUAUAUGUGGUGGGAAUGCUGCUCUUUUGCUUACUGAUGUCAGCUGACCAACAGCCCUGGGCCAACGGCCAUGAAGGGAAGAAGAAUGGGGAGAGAGAAGAAAUCAAAAUGGAAGAAGAAAGUUGACACAUGAGGCUGUUUUCGUUAGAAAAUCAGGGUCUGAUACAAACAGGCGUUGAUGUGCUUCGAGUCGAACUCGGAAACUUCUGAAAGUUUCUGAGGCAUAUUGUUUUUUUCUUUUAGAUGCAGUGUAAAGAAGAAAAACAAUUCAAAAUACUAAAUGCCAAAACAAAAGACUUGGGCCUUGAGUAGAGGGAAGGAAGACCCGCUCCCUUCGCUCAGGGCCCGCUCUGAAACCUUGACCCGUGAUUCGUCAUUCAUGGACUAAAGCCCCCUUUUACUUGUUCCCAUUUUGUUUCCACUCAGAUUAUGCAUCAUUUUCUCGUGGUAAAAGCCGAGUAGAUGUGUCAGUACGUUUUCACACAUCGUAAGUUGUAAUAAAUCCGAGUCUUGAAGCAAGUUGAGAUUCCAUUUAAGUUGUUUCGAGUUUAGUUAAAACGUCAAUAAAUCUGUUUUUGGAUGGAAAA